AUGCCAUCACUCAUGGAGCUCCUACCUAUCGCGGUAGCUUUUGCUGCUGUCAUUGGAGGUUUCCUCUGGUACAGCAGCAGCAGCGGUGGAAGCCGCAAGGUGUUGAAGCCGACGGAAUUCCAGGACUUCAAGCUCUCGGAGAAGACUGUUCUCUCGCACAAUACCGCCAUCUACCGCUUCGACCUCCCUCGCCCAACCGACACUCUCGGCCUUCCCAUCGGCCAGCACAUCUCCCUCGCCGCUACCAUCGCCGGCCAGCCCAAAGAAGUCGUCCGCUCGUACACACCAAUCACAUCCGACGAAGACAAGGGCCAUGUCGACCUGCUCAUCAAGUCAUACCCCACCGGAAACAUCUCCAAGCACGUCGCGAGCUUGAAGAUCGGAGACACAAUCAAGGUCAAAGGCCCCAAGGGAGCUAUGGUCUACACACCCAACAUGGUUAGGCAUUUCGGUAUGAUCGCUGGUGGCACUGGUAUUACGCCCAUGCUCCAGAUCGCGAAGGCUAUCAUGCGUGGACGCUCUUCCGGUGACAAGACCGCCGUCGACCUCAUUUUCGCCAACGUCAACCCCGAGGACAUCCUGCUCAAGGACGACUUGGACGCGCUAGCGGCGAAGGACCCCAAGUUCAACGUCCACUACGUUCUGAACAACUCACCCGAGAACUGGACCGGCGGCACUGGUUUCGUUACUGCCGACAUGAUUAAGGAGAAGCUGCCCGCGCCUGCGAGCGAUGUUAAGAUCCUCAUUUGCGGACCACCACCCAUGGUUGCGGCCAUGAAGAAGGCAACCGAGAGCCUGGGUUACGCCAAGGCAAGGCCAGUCAGCAAGCUCGAGGACCAAGUCUUCUGCUUCUAG